UAUUUAAGUUAUUUUAAAGUCAUAAAUGAUCAUUUAUUUACUAUAAAAUCAAUCAAACAUAACAUUUAAAGGAAGAUCUACGUUAAUAAUUGACAUUUUGUUUGUGUUUUCACAUACGUGCUGUUACAGAUUUAGACAUUUUCAAAUAGUGUCAGUUACGUGAUAUUUCCGUUGGAAUUUGAUCAAUGCUGAUUUCUUAAAAAUUGAAAUGGCAAAACAACGGCUCAAUCAUAUUUUGAACUUGGCUCUUCUAAACUCUAAUGAGGAACAAGAACGUCCUGACUCACCUCAAUUUAACAAAGUAAAUGAUAUAACUAACAUAAUUUUAAAUGCAGAUGUUGUGUUUUCAAACUCUUAUGAGGAAUUAGAUAGACCUUCAACAAGUCACAAUACACCUGUUAAUGAAACUAUUAACCUUGAUAAUACUUUAAAUAACGAAUAUAAUUUGUUGGAGUAUAAUAUAGAAUCAUUUGAAAAAAUAUCAGAUUUAGAAGAUACUANUAUAAUAUUUAUAUAUUUCGGACCAGGGACCCAGCCACCCCCAGAAAUAGUAUUUCCCAAAUUUUUUUAUAAGUCUACAGAUCCUGGUACUGCUACUAUAUUUUAA